GGCCACACACGCAUCCCUAUUGUUGUAAAUAUUGGAUCCUAUGGAUCCUAAUUAAGUUGAAAGGUACUACAUCGAACUUGUGUGUCUACCACUUUAGCGCCCCCUUUCAGUUAGUUGAAUCAUUUAUGCCAAAAUUAAUGCGCAAAACCGUACUCAACAGGGAUCUGCUGUAAAUCUUUACAAUUUCGCUUAGUUUUCUUCCUGCACCUGCUCCAGGGAAGUUCAUGUUUAUCCAAUAUUAGUACAGAUGAACACACUGUCCACUGCAUGAAGACAAGAAGAUGGUAGGAGUCGCUGUGUUUGGACUGGGGCGCAUCGGCCGCAUCCACACCAAGAAUUUGGUGGUGAAUCGGAGCGUCGAGAUCCGGUGGAUCGUUGAAGAGUUUCAUGAGGACGCCAAGGAGUUCAUGGCAGGAACCCUAAGGCUUGACAAGACGAAGCUGAUACAAUUCAAAAAUGCAAGUCAAGUCUGGAAUGAUGAAGAGACACAAGCUGUGAUAGUGUGUACGCCAACCUGUACUCACCAAACAGUUAUAAUGGAUGCCUUGUCUGCUGGUAAAGCCGUUUUCUGUGAGAAGCCUCUAGCUCCUGACCUAACCAGUGUAAGAGACUGUUAUGAGAAAGCAGAGGAUUGUGGCCGACCACUCUUUUGUGGAUUUAAUAGGAGGUUUGAUCCGUCAAAAAGAUCACUGAGGGAUCGGAUUCAAGGUGGUGAGAUUGGCCAGGUCCAUCGUAUUAAAAUAGUUUCAAGGGAUCCAAAGGCACCAACAUUGAAAUACCUCAAAGACUCAGGUGAUAUCUUUCAUGAUUGUGUCGUACAUGAGAUUGACCUGGUCUGUUGGCUAACCAAUGAGUUUCCAGAGACAGUCUUCGCCCAGGGCCAUGCAUUCGACCCAAGGAUUGCAGAGGUAGGGGAUUUGGAUGAAACGUUGGUGUCUCUGAAGUUUCCAUCCGGCAUCCUCGCGACCAUAGACACGGGUCGAGAAGCCUCAUUUGGAUAUGACCAGCGGUUGGAGGUUCAUGGAUCGAAAGGCAUGCUUCAAAUUGGCAACAUGAGGCCAACUGAAGUGACCGUUCACAAAUCAGACGGAGCGACCCUUGAUCCGGUGCAAUAUUUCUUUGCAGAGAGAUAUGCAGAGUCAUACCAGCUUGAAAUGACCCAUUUCAUUGACAUUGUGAAAGGUGAAGUCAACUCAAUGGAAGUUACCAUGGAAGACACCAUAAGAGCGACUAGACUCUGUGAUAUAUGUUCAGAGUCAUUCCGAAAGAAUCAAGCCAUCACAUGUGUAAGCGUAGAAUAGUUCAGGUUGAUUUCAAUCUUCAGGAUUUUCAUUUACAGCAAAUGUAAAUUUCUCGUUUUUAUUUCUCACCAGUUAUAGCUCAAAUACACCCUAUUGCCGUAUUUAUGUCCCUAUAUAUGUACUUAAAAAAAGAAAGAGUAAUAUUAUUUUGAAUUUGAAGUUAUUGCCAGUUCAAAUACAUUUAAUAGCAUGCUCAGAGUUUUUUUUCCAAUUCUGGGAAUUUCUGGGCUGCUGAAAUUUGCCAUUUUUUUUAAGAAAAAGAUUUAAAAAUGUGUAGUCAAAAUUAUAGGACAAUGAUUUUGUAAUGUCGUAAUCCAGCUAUAAAAUGAUGAUCGUCAUUCAUUUGUCCACACAACUCACUGUACAACUUGUUUUGUGGCAACUUUGAGGAAGAAUUGCAACCAU